AUGGCUCCGUCUACCGCCGCGUCUAACGGAGCAGUGCAGGAGAAAGGGAAUUAUGCGGCUCACGAAAGGGCGAACUCCGUGUCGAGUCCUGAUGGAUCUGGAUUUGACGGCAGCCCUAAUUCCACCAAGGAGCCAGACAAGGCUUCAGCAGCUGGGAGCGGUCUUACCGACGUAGCCUCUGCAUCGGGUUACCACGCUAGGCGAGCAGCUGCGAGGUCGGUGGCGCCUCCCCACCCUCACCCCCACCCGGCAGAAGACAUCAAACCAAUCCAGCCGCGCGGUCCCGACGGCACGCGCGGCUUUAAGUACGGCCGCGGGAAGCCGUUACCUGGCCCUAACGGGGUGGUAACUGGUAACACCAGUGCUCCCCCUUCCACCAUCGGCUCACCUCCGCAAUAUAUCUCCGUAGCUGGCGGCGGAGCUGGCGCGUACGCUGGCGUGGGGAGCGCGCUCAGGCGCGGGGGAGCCCGCGGGAUGGGCGCGGGGGGAGAGGCGGAGAAGCUAGCGGGAGAGGUGGAGCGAUUGGUGGGCGAGAAAGAUAAGGUGGAGAGUGAGUUAGCGGAAGCGAAGCUUGAGGUGCAACGUCUGCAGCACGACCUAUUCGUUUCUCGCUUCGAGGCCGAAGGGAUGCGGCGCCGCCAGCAGUCCGCGACCGGUGGCGGCGGCGGUGGUGACGGUGAGGGCGGUGUGCAGAAGGGCGGCAAGGGAAGCGAAGAUUUGAGCGAGGGGGAAGGGGAGGGUGAGGGUGAGGAUGGGGAAGGUAAGGAGGGAGGUAAGGAGCUGAAAGACUCUCUGUCUGAGGCUAGGAUGGAGAUAGUGCGGCUCGAGCACGAGUUAUUCACUCUUAGGUUCGAUGCGGAGAAGCAGCGCGUGCUUGCGGAGGAAGCGGCGGCUGGAGCGGGCGGAGCGGAAGGGGGAGCAGUAGGCGGAGCAGGAGUCGGAGCCAAGAAGGUGAGCUCGACGAGGGACUUGGGCGGGGCGGGCGCGGACGCAUCCGCGGAAGGGCUGGCGCAGAGGCUGGCGCGCGCGGAGGAGGCGCUGGAGGAGUCUCGAUGCGAAGCUUCGCGGCUGCAGCACGAGUUGUUCGAGGCGAAAUUCCAAGUGGAGAAGCUCCGGAGCACGCAGGCGGACGCGCGCGCUGCUGUCGAUCAGGCGCUGAAGGAACGCGCGGGAGAGAAGGCCGGUACGGGAGAGGGCGGAGGAAAUGGAGGAAAGGAAGGCGAGGAGAAGGAGAAUGAGAGUUUGUCGGAGUUGGAAACGGUUGUAGCACGCGAGGGGUGUCGGCUCUGUGUGCGUCUGCUGGCCGCGUUUUCCGGCGCGAAAAGGCGCGCGGAUGCGGCGGAGAAGGUGAUUGGGCAGGACCGCGCGGAGCUUGAGGGGCUGCGGAACGGGCGGGAUGAGGUGCGCGUCGCCGCCGCCUCUGCUGCCGCCGCCUUCGCCGCCGCGUCCGCCGCAGGGCAGGAGGCGGCACAGAGGGAGCGGCAGAACUGGGAGCGAGCGGAGGAGGCGGAGAGAAUGCAUGCCGCGAGCAACUCCUCCGCCGCAGCCGCGAUCGCGGCAGCGGUGGCGGAAGCGGGCGCGCUGCGCGCGCGCUGCGUGGAGCUGGAAGGGCAAGCGUCCGCCGCGUCGUCCGAAGCGGCGGCCGCGAAGGAGCAUUUGAAGCAGGUGGCGAUGGCGAUCAGCGAGCGGAGCCUGCACAGGGCUGUAGCAGGACAGGACGAUCCGUUUGGUGCAGCGCAGGGGGCUCCGGGCAGCGAGUUGUGGGGCGCAGGGGACGUGGAACACAGCACGGAUCGCACCCUAGGGCGGGACGGUAGGUGGGACUUCGGCCAGGAGAUGGGAGUGGGAGGCGGAGCAGGGGCGCAAGGCGCGCAGGGGGCGCAAGGGGCACAGGGACAUCAGCUGUGGGACCCCUCUACCCUUGAUCCUGCUAUAUCUGCCUUCUCCUCCGGCUCUCGCCCGCCCCCCUUCGCUGCCGCUCACCCGCCCCCGCCCCCACAAGCCCUGGGGCAGUCGAUUGACCUGCACUUGCAGCAGCACCAGCACCAGCACCAGCAGCAGCAGUUUUCCAGCGGUUUAGGGUUAGGGUAUGGCGGCCUGCCACCGCACAUGUCCCCACCUCCGCACAGGCAGCACCCAGGCGCGCUCCCCCCUGGGGACGCCGCCAUGCACGCGUUUCUAAGCGAGAGCCAGGGCCCUCCAGGGCAGCAGUUCCCCCCACCCUCAGGGUAUGCGCUUGGGGGAAGGAUACCCUCCCCCGCUCCCCCUGGCGCCAUGGGGUUCGCGCCUUCUAAUGGGAGCAUGGGCGCGGGCAUGGGUACGGGCAUGGGCGCAGGUAUGGGCGCAGGUAUGGGCGCAGGCAUGUGCGCAGAUGCUGUUGCCGCCCCACCUCCCCCGCCGCUUAACUCGUGGGCAGCUGGUGGUGCUGGGAGUAGGCACCUGGGGGGAGGCUGGGGAGACGAUGCAAGCAUGUACCGAGGCCGCUCUUAA